GCCAGGCCCUUCUUUUCCAUUCUCCUUCAGUGGCGCGUAAGGUGCUGUGUCCUUCAUCCGAAGCUAAGGCCGAUUCCCAGCCGGCGACUAGCACCGCGCACCGCCCCGACAUGGCCUCCGUCUCCGAGCUCGCCUGCAUCUACUCCGCCCUCAUCCUCCACGACGACGAGGUCACCGUCACGGAGGACAAAAUCAAUGCUCUUAUCAAAGCAGCUGGAGUUAACGUCGAACCUUUCUGGCCUGGUCUGUUUGCAAAGGCUUUAGCCAACAUUGAUAUCGGAAGUCUCAUCUGUAACGUAGGAGUUGGUGGUGGCGCUCCAGCUGCUUCAGCCCCUGCUGGUGGAGGGGCAACGGCUGGUGGUGCUGCUCCUGCUGAGGAGAAGAAAGAGGAAGAAAAGAAAGAAGAGUCGGAAGAAUCUGAUGACGACAUGGGCUUUGGUCUCUUUGACUAAGUUAAUUUUUUGUACUCUUUGUAAUAAAGAUACAAGCUUAUGUAAAUUAAA